AUGCUUUGUUUAAAAAUCAUCGCAUUUCGAAAAUCAAAUAAGCUGGCCAUCUAUGUAGACGUAACUCCUUUCACGCCCUCUUUUCCUAUAAAAGAAUUCAAUGCCUGUACUUACAAUGAAUUGGCUCUUCCAAACGCCCUCCGAACUCCCUUAACGGCCUCCAAACACACUGCAUCCUUACCUCUUGAAGAACUCUCUGAUUCUGAACAACAGACUACCGCUCUCACCGGACUUUUUCCAUUACGAGCCGCUAUCGAGCUUACUUUCGACUACAAAUACACCGCCAGUGCUCUUUUUCGACCUUCGGCGGCCUCGAAUGUCCCACUCUCAACCACCUUGACAUCUCCAUCGACUGCUGCAACCACCGGAACUCCGGAUACGCCAGUCAAGUCUAAAAUCUCAGAAAUCUCUUCGAAUAAGCCUAGUGUUAUGCUGAGCAGUAAAUCGGCUACAGAAAUGCCUGCACCUUCAGCUCCUCUAGUUUCGAGUUCUUUGCUGGAGUCUUCGGCAUUGUCUGAGGCGAUACAUCACGUUCGCUUAAUUCUGUUACUUCAACUAGGCAUGAUGCAAUGGACUGCUACAGCCUGA